AUGGUCGACGUCCAAACCGCACCCCACUUCCUCCACGAAAAGUUUGUGCUCGAAUCUCCCUCGAUAUCGUCGCGGAUCGCAAAUGAGAACACGCCAACGAGAAUAGAGGAAUCGACAAAAACUCGCCCACGAGCCCCGAGUUUCGAUGAAUCGCAUGGCGAGGCUCAAGUGCUCUAUCUUCCACCACUCCUCUCGUCCUUACCCCACUCGCAUCAAAAUGAACUCCCAGUAGCAGGGCAAGAAGGAGUAGAACCCGGCAAAAAUGCUCCAUUGCGGACUGAAACGCACUUGCCUUCUAUCGACCCCGUCUCGCUCUCGCUGCAUCGUGCAUUGCAUAAAUUCAAACCACUCGACACGCAAUACGCCAGUCGUCCGUACGGCGAAGCCUUUAAUUGGUCCACUUUGGAGCUUCCAAUUGACGAAGAGAGAGAGUGGUAUUGUGUCGCCUUUCGAUCAAAGCGAAAGCCUGGGAGCGAGAGCGCACCGUUGUACGAGCAAGACCGUCUAGCGCAUGAAGAGGCAGUUCAUCGUGGAGGCUUGAUCAUGUACUGGUACGGUGUACCAGACCCCAAGACGGGUCUCAACCUUGCAACGUGUGUAUGGCAAAGUCGAAAGUUUGCCCUAGCCGCCAACUCCGGUCCUCAACAUAUUCUAGCCAUGCGGCUUGCGGCUGCAUCGUUUGCAGAAUAUCGGCUAGAGCGUUACGUCUUGAAAAAGGAACGAGGCCAAACGGGUCUCACAGUGUAUCCUUACAACGGCGGAGAAGUCGGAUGGUAA